GCUCUUGGUGCUGGCACUGGGUCUGGCUCACACGCGCACACACACUCUCUGCACUGGCAGGCACCCUCUUGGUGGCCACCAUCAUCUGACUUUCAGACUCAAAGCUGGCUCCUUGAGGGACACGGUGACAUGAGGGGGACACCGCAGAUCCACCUCCUGGCCUUCUUCUGCCUCCUCUCAGAGGUAUGUGCCCAGCUGUGUCCAACGCCGUGUGUCUGCCCCUGGCUGCCCCCCCGAUGCCCACCGGGGGUGCCCCUGGUGCUGGAUGGCUGCAGCUGCUGCCGGGUAUGUGCGCGGAGGCUGGGGGAGCCCUGCGACCAUCUCCACAUCUGCGACCCCAGCCAGGGCCUGGUCUGCCAGCCCGGGGCAGGCCCUGGCGGCCGGGGCGCCGUGUGUCUCUGGGGAGAGGAUGAUGGAAGCUGUGAGCUGAAUGGCCGCCUGUACCGGGACGGGGAGACCUUUCAGCCCCACUGCAGGAUUCACUGCCGCUGCGAGGAUGGGGGGCUCACCUGUGUGCCCCUGUGCAGCGAGGACAUCCGGCUGCCCAGCUGGGACUGCCCGUACCCCAGGAGGGUUGAGGUCCCUGGCAAGUGCUGUCCUGAGUGGGUGUGCGAUCAGGGACAGGGGCUGGGGCUCCAGUCCCUCCCAGCCCAAGGACCCCAGUUUUCUGGCCUCAUCGCUCCCCCAGCCCCUGGUAUCCCCUGUCCAGAAUGGAGCACGGCCUGGGGCCCUUGCUCCACUACCUGUGGGCUGGGUGUGUCUAUGCGGGUGUCCAACCAGAACCGCCUCUGCCGCCUGGAGAGCCAGCGCCGUCUGUGCCUGGCUGGGCCCUGUCCCCCCACCAGGGGCCACGGCCUCCGGAAUGGUGCUUUUUAGAGCCUGGCUGGCUGAAGACUGGUGCCCACCCAC